AUGGACUCGAUGAGAUCCUUGAACACGUCGCUACCUACGGCGUAUAGUAGCCGCCCUGUGCCGCCCGAGCAGCUCCUUCAGGCUUUCAAAUCGGCUGCCCUCUCCGUUACCAACCUCUAUAAGUCGGCCGCGCAAGAUCAAAACAGCAGCCGAGCUGCAGGCUACCAAGAUGCUUUAGACGACCUGCUUCGCUUCCUUGACUCCGAGAACCUCGGUCUCCAGGAUGGGGAGGGAUGGAGGGUCAGACAAUGGGCCACCGAACGAUAUGAGGGGACAGCUAGCCAGGCCCCAGCCGAGAGCGAGGAUGAGAAGAGCGAGCCAGAGACUACUCAGCACAAAGAUCCUAUGUCCGCCCAUCCUCAGUCCGAGCAGCAGCCGAAAUAUGCCGAUGUUACCCUCCAGAAUGCCGAAACCCAUCGACAGAACGAUGUCCGAGCUACCUCCUCAGAACCAGAUUCAAAGUCAACCUUCAAGUUCCGUUAUCCCGCUCAGGCAUCAUCUAUGGUCACCGAAAAUGAUUUGGGUACCUCCACUGGACCCGUUGCAUCAUCACCCGUAUCUGAGCCAGACCAUGCAUCCUCUGGUCCAAUUCAUAUCAUCAACCGUGGCAACAAGUCCCAGCGUGCGAGUGGCUUGAGGCAUAAUACGAGGGCAGCAAACCGCAGUCUGGGCUCGGCAUCCGGAACGAAACGAAAGAAUCCCUAUCCUGAUCUGAACUUCUUCGACAUUUCGAAUUUUGGUCCACGAGACGGACCUGACCCCGGCAACAAACGAGGUCGUUUCGCUUAG